AUGUUCCUGAUUUGUCUUUACCUACUCAGCACCUUACCCGUACUCUUAGUUGAUUCCAAAGAUGAGAGCUUCGGACGUGGUAAAGUGAAGGUGUUGCUCGAAUCACUGCAAACCAAUUGUGAUCACGAUUUUGUAGAGUACUUCCACAAAUCGCCCGUCAUAGAAACUCUCUACACUUUUCGUGUGGUCUUCAACGCAAUAAUUGUAAAUAAUACCAUCAAUGGCUGCCCCAUCCUGCCAAAGGUUUACUUCCUUAAGAAUAUGGCUGAUCCGAAAGUAAUUCCAACAUUUCAUCCCAUUGGCCGCUACCAAACGAAUGUUCGCAUUCACAUGUCACAGAGUCCAGGACCCUACGUAAUGGAAGUUAUCUGGAGGUACAACGUAGUAAAUGUAAAGUAA